AACUCUGAGACAGACAAUAUUCUGUUACAUUGUAGCAAAAUGGCGACUGUCAUUCACAACCCCCUGAAAGCGCUCGGGGACCAGUUUUACAAGGAAGCCAUUGAACAUUGCCGGAGUUAUAACUCACGGCUAUGUGCAGAACGCAGCGUGCGGCUCCCCUUCCUGGACUCACAGACUGGGGUGGCCCAGAAUAACUGCUACAUCUGGAUGGAGAAGAGGCAUCGCGGCCCAGGUCUUGCUCCGGGCCAGCUGUAUACAUACCCUGCCCGAUGCUGGCGCAAGAAGAGACGAUUGCAUCCGCCUGAGGAUCCAAAGCUUCGACUGCUGGAAAUCAAACCUGAAGUGGAGCUGCCCCUGAAGAAGGACGGGUUCACCUCGGAAAGCACCACACUGGAAGCCUUGCUGCGUGGUGAGGGAGUGGAGAAGAAAGUGGACACCAGAGAGGAAGAGAGCAUCCAGGAGAUCCAGAGAGUUUUGGAAAAUGAUGAAAAUGUAGAUGAAGGGAAUGAAGAAGAGGAUCUAGAAGAAGAUAUUCCCAAGCGGAAGAAUAGGACCCGAGGACGGGCUCGUGGCUCUGCGGGUGGCAGGAGGAGGCAUGACGCUGCCUCUCAGGAAGACCACGACAAGCCUUACGUCUGUGACAUCUGUGGCAAGCGCUACAAGAACCGGCCAGGACUAAGCUAUCACUAUGCUCACACCCACCUGGCCAGUGAGGAAGGGGAUGAAGCCCAGGAUCAGGAGACGCGAUCCCCACCUAACCACAGAAACGAGAACCACAGACCCCAAAAGGGACCAGAUGGGACAGUCAUUCCCAAUAAUUACUGUGACUUCUGCUUGGGGGGCUCUAACAUGAACAAGAAGAGUGGGCGGCCUGAAGAGCUGGUGUCCUGUGCAGACUGUGGACGCUCUGGUCACCCGACCUGCCUGCAGUUUACCCUGAACAUGACCGAGGCUGUCAAGACCUACAAGUGGCAAUGCAUAGAAUGCAAAUCCUGCAUUCUCUGUGGGACUUCGGAGAAUGAUGACCAGCUACUCUUCUGUGAUGACUGUGACCGUGGCUAUCACAUGUACUGUUUAAACCCCCCAGUGGCUGAGCCCCCAGAAGGAAGCUGGAGCUGCCACUUAUGCUGGGAGCUGCUCAAAGAGAAAGCCUCAGCCUUUGGCUGCCAGGCCUAGAGCCCCAGGUCACGGAAAGUGACUUGCUGCUGGAGAGGCUGAGCCAGAGCCCUAUUCAAACCAGAUGAAGCCCUUCUCUCACAUUUCCAUAGACCAACUAUAAGGAAGAUGAACACUCACAGAAGGGCCUGGACGUGUGGAACCAAGAGGGUGAGGCAUCUACCUUAUCUCUUGCUCCACAGAUGGUACUUCAGCCAGCAUCAACAUGUUUCUACCAGAAGGAUUUUGCACUUUUGAAGAACAACCCUGACCCCAGCCCUGUGGAACCCUCUCACUUUUACCCUAGCACUGCAACUUUCUCACUGGUUUCCAUUUUAAGGGAAGCCAUUUUGUGACCACUCAUGAAUCACUUGUGUGUAAUUUGGUGUUUUUUUUUUAAAUCUAUGUUUGCACAGCAUUUUCACCCCCAGUUUAGGCUCUUCAUCCUAGACUUUCACCAGAGGAACAAAGUGCUGUGGAGAAAUUGUUGUUUAUUUCAAGCUACUGGAUAAUUCUAGACUUGGAUCCUGGAGGCCAUCCUAAGGAAGGAGUCUUGAAACCCCUUGUUCCUUGGUCUUUGGGGGGAAGAAGAGUUCUUAAUGGAAACUCAACAAUGGCUUCCAUGGUUGGGGUGGUUGUGACUGACUGCAUUUUCACUUGAUAGGGGUUGGGGAGGGACUGAGAGAUGGGAAGAAACAUUGGGAAAAUAAUGUUAAGGCUUGCUAUAGCCAUUCAGUAUUUGUUAUUCAUGCGGAGAGACUUGGCAAGGGACUAGGCUAGUUCCUUUCCUUCAGAGCUGAGGUGUACUUGAGGUGAGACAAAUCACAGCCUAAGGAUGGAGAAAAAUGCUCAAGACCCUACCUCUGACUGAGCUGAGUGUAUGGGGCUGGAUCAGCGCCUCCUGGUGGAACUCAGGCACCAGGCAGGUGAGCAAAGACUCCCAAUCACAAGCCCAAAUGAUCCAUACAGGGACCACAGCUUUGAAAAACUCUUCAGUAUUGAUGUGACACUAUGAGUUCUUUUUCUCAAGUAAUUUUCUUUCACAUGGUGUAAGUGUGCUAUUGUCUGCAGAGAACUGACUGGAAAUUUUAGGAUGAAGGAUGGACAAUUGUUACUUAAAUGGAUGGUUAGGGUAAUGUGAUUAUUUGUGAUAAGGUGGCAGUGAUUUUGAACCCUCAGCUUGUAGGCUGUUCUUGUCUCCUAAAUCCCCCCAUAUGAGCUGGACUCUUUUCUUUUUUAAAUGCUUCUAGAAGAAAUAGGCAGGGAGCCUACAUUCUGAGAACUCUUAUUUUGGAGGACAGCUCUGCAGGCUGAAGUGGCUUGGACUGUCUUUGAAUCAGAGCAACAGCACAAUAACUGACACAUUUCUAGAAAAAUCAUUUGCCCAAAGGGCAGGUCAUGGUGAGUGGGACCCUUGCGCAUGCGCAGCUUUCCUUAAAUAAGCUCCAUCUCUGUGGUCCAGCAGUGUACAACAAAGGCCCAGGUUAUUUUUAGUUGUUUGGCUCCCGAAGGAGCCCCUGGAGACUCAGGCUAGUUGGGCCACUUCUGCCUGGUUGCAGUGUUGCUCUGUAACUCAGCAGGAGCCAACCAAUUGCUCUCAGCCAGGGGACCCAGGGCAGCCUGGCACUGAGCCAAGCCAUGUGGCUCUCCCGGACUCCUUUGUAAAAUGACCUGUGGCAAGAGAAUGGAGGUCACACUCCUGCAGGGCCCAUGGCCUCAGAGUGAGUUACACUCAUGUGUAAUGAUUUCUUUUGAAGGCCUCCUGUUUAUAUGGGAUUUUCAUCUUCCUCAUAAGCUAUUUCCCUCUUUUUUCCCUCCCUGUCUUUUUGAGACAAGAGUCUUAUUCUGCAGUUCAGGCUGGCCCUGAACUCACUUUGUAUCCCAGGCUGGUCUCGAGCUUGCAGGGAUCCUCCUACCUCAGCCUGCCAAGUGCUGGGAUUGCAGGCUAUUUUCUUCUUUCUGAUAGUUGGUGACCUGGUCUGGCUUCUGAUGGCCCAGGGUAGGACUGAGAGGGUCCCAUCACAUGGAGGGGGACAUUUUCUUUUUUGAUUAUUCUGUCUCACUUUCCUUCACAAAACCCAAAGCAGGGUUUCCUCAAAGGCUGAUUAUUGACUUGGAGAAUCAUUUUAAAUUGAUUACAGGAAUAUUUCCAAAUGUCACAGUGGCUUAAAAGUUGAAAAGGCAAUUCUAAAAUCAAAAAUUGUGGCUUUACAACUUGACUGGUCUUCUUGUGGAGAAUAUGCAAAUCCAUUCCCCAUGGAAAUGCAGGUUAUGAUAUCCUAUUCUACCAACCAGCCAGAUCUGCCCAGCUCUCCAGAGCUGAUUGUGGACGGAGUCUCUUGGGCCAUGGCGGGGUGCUGGAGCUUGCCUGCCAUUACGCCUGUGCUCUGGGAUCAUAUUAGAAAAGCCCCAGGCGUCUGCUCUCAGUCUCAUUACUCUCUGAAGAAUGGGAAAUAAUGACCUCCUUCUUUAUGGGCCUUGUUGUCACCAUCCGGAAAGUGGAGAUAGCAAGCAGCUUGCAGAAUGGUAUUGCUGGGGUUGUGUGAGCAGGCUAAAGCACCGAGGGUCACAUUUAUCACCGUCUGCACUGGUAAAGGGAGGCUGCUGGUAAGCUUCAGAUUGGUCUGUUUCUUUAAACCUCUGAGAAUGAGAUGCAAUCAUAGGGUGCAUGUGAAGGAGCAGGUUUUCAGUGUUGCCUCUGCCACUGAAUAACUGUGUGACUUUGGAUAAGUCACUUAGUACUCCUGAACCUCACAGGAUCCACCUGUAAAAUGGAGUUGCUAACACUUGCCCUGCCUGUUGGGAGUCUUAAAAAAUAUAUGAGCAACCACUGCAGAGCAGAGCUUAUCUGGGCAGGAUUCCAAUGCUUUCAUGUCUGUCUUCUUGUGUGACAAGCCAAGUUAGAUGCCUUCUUGGGAUCUCCCUGUAGACUCAAGGGGAUUUACAUUUCAAGUGUGUCAGCUGCCUGUAGUCAGGACCACCAGGCCAGCAUUGGGACCAAGGAGACGGGCUUUGCAUGGGAUGUGUCAGGAAGCGGGAUUUACCAUGUGGCUGAGAGCUUUGGGAUGAAGAUACUCCAGAUACUCCCUUCUGCAAGAUUAACCAGCUCAGAAUGCAAAGCUCCUUUCUACAGCGGGCAGAAUUCAUUUCCCUUCAGGUUCCAUGCUCACUUUUACCUUGAUUUAAAGCCUUGCACUGCCUUGUUCUAACCAGCUGAUGUUGGGCAAGUGACUUCCUCUCUCUGAGCCUCCUGACCCACAUGCACCGUGCAGUCAUGUGAUUGCAGGGAUUAAAGUAAUGGUGGCCUGGGCCUAGUGUGAUGUGGGCCAGAGAAGUGAGCCUGCAGGAACUGCUGGAAGAUGAAAUCCUGCUUGCUUCUUGACAUUUUUGAAACACUAAUUCUGGGGCCUGUAGGUAAGGUAGCUCUGUGAGGAAAGAGGGGAAGUGAGGCCUCUGUUAAGAUAUUUAUAUUCCAACCUUCCUUUUCCACAGGCCCUGACUCAUGGCCCCUGAGGCAGGAGCCAGUGGAUCCAAAGGCUCCGCUGUUGUGUUGCUGCCUGGGGCCAGGUAGGAGCUAGGGAAGGUUGCAGAACUGGGCUGCAGCGAAAGCUUCCUGUGGCUCAGGCUCAGACCCCCAAGGGUAGGUAGGAGAGAGGCCAGAUUCUUUCAGAGCUGGGGAAGAUAAUCAGUUUCAAUAGUGGGGAGGGCCUGCAUUUCACAGUGAAGGUCUUGUGACACCCUGGGGAGUUUCACUCCUGGUGUAUUUUUUAUCUUCAUGCUUUGAAUCCAGCAUGAUUCCUUCCAGUCCUCCCCUUAAAAAGCCCAGAUAUUUUAAGGAAGAAAAAUGACAUGGUAGUUACUACUUGUCCUUUGGGGGCAAGUUUAAGAGACCUGAGCUCUUAAGUGUUGCUGAAGAAAGAUUACUGGCUACCUUGGGCUCCAGACUCAGAUAAAAGGGGCUGCAGGUCUCUCUUGGAGUCCACGUGUGCUUGGCUAUUGGCCCAGGCAGGUCCUGAGGACCACCUUGCCCAGUCCCUCCUCCCUGGUUCUAACCUGUUUUGGAAGUGCUGACAUGAGAGUGCUUCCCUUUCCUCUCCCACUUUUCUGGUGUCCAACUUUGUCACUCUUUAGAGAAUCACAGUGUCAUAGCUCCAGGGAAAAGUUGUCUUCCCAAGGCAGGAACCACACUCCCUUUCCCACCAAAGAUCCCCUGAGUCCCACACCUGGCUCUUUUCAGGGGCAGCACAUUGUUAUCAUCUUUAGUACUUCGGUAGGCUGGCAUACCUGGGUAUAGAAGGAGGAAGAGGACCCCAGGAGAAGGGUCAGUCCUAUCCCGUGCCUGAAUGACAUGACUGCCCCAUGCCCCACUGUGGUACACUUUUUGGAAUCUCACUCUUACCCACAAAGGGUGCCUUUGGUUUUUAGAUGUCCAAUUGCAUUAGCAUAGCAGCUGAAGAAUGGGGAGAAUGGUGGGAAAGAAAGAUAUUUUAGUUUGCCUCAGGUUGCAAGUCCCCCAUCCAAUCCUGAAUAUUCUUUGUUCCGAUUUAUCUGUCUUCUGAAGAUGGGCUCUGUAGUCAUCUGAUUCGGAGUCCUGCCCUAUUUCUGAACAUGCCCAGAUUUUCAGCAUGUUUAUGAUUCUCUACCAGAUGCCACAGCUAUCUACCCUGCGUGUAGAAACAGCAGGAUGGAUGGGUUGGUUCAGGGCCUUUGGGGAAAACAGAUGGGGGCCUCUGAGAACUGGGAAUUCUGUUCUAAGAAGGCUGGAGAUCCUCUGGUCUUUAUGAGACAAGUGAGGUACUUCCUCUGCAAGGGAUGAAGGGAGAGGAGGAUGCAAAUGCCAGUGGUUCGGCACGUGGACAUAGGAGGGUGCAGGGAACCCCCCACCCCAGGAGGGAAGGCAGCUCCUUUGAGCACCUCAACAGCUGCUCCCUGGAAGGCUUGGCUACAGGGCUUCCAUACCAUGCUUCUGGCCAGACUGGGAAGGAAGACUUGGAGGAGGUACCUUCAAGAGGCCCUGGUAGCAGUAGUGCUGGGGUCCCUGCCAGCCAGUUCCACGUCAAGUGUGUUUCCCAGAAAGAGCAGGAAAAUUCCUGUGUGAGUAAAAAGACUGGGAAACAAAUAGGGUCCCAAGAAGACCCGCAUCUGGUUUCUGAGCAAACCGUGGCUGUGACUUCUCAGCUGAAUAAGACUAAGGUGAUUCUCAGUGUUCUAAGACUGUGUGUUGUCAGGGGCCUGGAAGACACAGCAAUGCCUGUUGGUUUAAUCCCUGUCCUCACCUCCUCUCUUCUUUGCUCCAGUGCCUGAUAGAGGUUGUGGGGCCAGUAGCCUUGAAUGAGGGACAUUCCAUGGUGUCCCCCGUUUUGGCCCCACCAUGAAAAGACAGUGUUUGUGCUGAUGAUGACAUUUUCCAGGGCAGGCCAGAGGAAGGCAGCACUGGGACUGGCAGGCAGCCAGAACCCUCUUGGACAGAAAUGUAAUUAUUAAUAAUACCCUCUAGUGCAGGCAGCAAGCAAGAUGGCUGUCCAGGUCAGCACCAGCACAGCCUGGCAAUUAAGUGUGGCCGUGGGCAGGAAGCAGUUCCUGAGGGAAGUAGGAGUGGCCUGGAGACCCUGGGAACUGUGUAGUCCCUCAACAACGCAGCCCUGUGCCCCCCGGGUUAAAUCUGCAUUCUCCACAUCCCCUUGGCUCAACUCUCUGUAUUAAUAAUAUUAAUAUCCAUGAGUACAGAGAUGUGUGUAUGUGUGUGUGUGUGUGUGUGUGUGUGUGUGCACAUACACACAUGCACACACACAGGCAUACACAUUCUGCUUGAUGAACUUAAGGGAACUGUUAGUGUUGCCUCAGGAUAGUAGAUCCAGGAGCUGCCCCAGAACACCAAUCUGUGCAUGUAGUCUUUAGCAGCCCAGAGGCUCAAGAGCCCAGCCCCUACAUGGCCAAAGAGGUCGUGGUGAAGGAGGCCUUUGUGCUUAGAAAGCCUUGGGGCCCACCAACUUUCUCCAUCUGUCUCCAGCUCACCUCUGCUCCUUUGGGAGAAGUGUUUAGUAGUAGAUGAGGAGUUGUAAAAAAAAGUCUCAAUUCUGCUGUCAAAGGGAUGCAAAGACUAUGGCUAGCAUGGGGGUUGGGGUUUAUAUUGACCUUACCCUUUCAUGUUUAUUGCUCACUGAGAUUUUUGUUUUCUUCUCCUGCAUUUCCCUUCCCUAUGGUUUUUUCCUUCCUUCCCUCCUGCCACGCAGAAUGCUGAAGAGCAGGGUGGAACAAAGCAGCAUAAUCCAAGAAGAAAAUGGAGCUGUAUACCUUUUUGACAUGUAGUUGUAGAAGUCUAAGUUAGGGAUCACAAAAAAGCAAAUGAAACAUUGCUAGAUAAUGUGUGAGUGAGCACAUGAAAAUAUAGACCAUUUGUCUCAGCAGAGGAGGUGGGGAACAGCAGGGCGAGACAGGCAGGGAGUCCUGGGGAACCAGUGUGCCCCAUCCGUGUGGCACUGGGGAGGCAGGCUGGUCAUGCUUGCAUAAGAAAUGAUGAGUGCUUAUGAAUCAUUUGUGCCCCUCUGGCAAGGAAAAGGGUAUCCACCACUUAUCUGCUAUGUGUCCACCCUGGGUGUUUUUUCUCUGAAAGCAAAUGGGCACAUCUCUUGCUUGCCAAGAGUGAUUGCUGCAUAGACUGGCUAAAACACUUGGCAGCGUCUUGAUUAUGUGUAAAGAAAUGCUCUAGGUACUACAGGGGCUAGAAAAACAGAUUACAUGCAGGCCCAGCCUACAGGUUGCUUUUUAGCUGUACAAGUAAAUUCUCCCUCGGAAUCCUGAUCAUAUGUCAAGUAUCAUGCCUCAUGGGAAGGUGUAUGUGUAUAUCUGAGUCUCUUUUUUUCAAUGUAUAUUUAUCACUGGGAAACUAGCAGGUUAUUUCCAUCCUUCGAAGGCUGGGGAGAAGGACACAGGUAUCCUCAGCCUAACUGCUUUUACCUGUUCCUCUAAAUGCUGGCUGUCCUUGGAAGAACAACCUUCACCUGAGAGGCAGUGACAUGAUGAAGGGAUCUAGUUGGACUGUGUUGAGCAGGAGGGAACCUGAGGCUGGCUCUGGAUGCUGCUCUCCAGUUCUUGGGGGUGGGGUGGUGGAGAAGUGCAAUCAAUAGGGCCUGAUCGGUGGUAGAAAGUGACCCAUGAUAGUGACACAUGAUAGUCUUGUCUAGGUCCUGCUGGAGAAGCAGAGUGAGGGGGCAGGAGCCUAGUACAGGGAUUAGAUGGACUCCCACGGGGACUCCAGGAAGGUAGGCUCAGUGUCCAGGAGCAUGUUCCCAUAUGAGGUGUGUGUGCGUGUGUGUGUGUGUGUGUGUGUGUGUGUGUGUGAAUCCAAUGUCAGCGGUGUUUUCAGUAAUCCACCUCUGCCUGCCUUUAUGCUUCCUUUGACUGCCAGUUGUCUGUAUUGAUAGCAUCGGGAAUAAACUAUUUGUUCCAUCGUUCCUUUUCUCUGCACUUGUCAGAUACUGACUUUCAGCUAUUCCCUGAAGAAGCUACACAGGGCUGGCUUUCAAGUGAAAUGCUUGGUUUGGGGAAGGCAUGCAUCUUCCAUGUGGAGAGAUCAGCUCAGAGCUUGUCUAAAGCAGCCCAUGACUCUGAGCAAGGGGGAUUUUGGUGACCUCUGUGGAGGUGACUCCAGGUAUGUAGACUCAAGGCUUGGCUAUGAGCCUGAUAUUAAAAAUGCUUGAGAUCUGGAAGUGUCUCCUGGGGUUUGGUCCACCUAUGCAUUGAAAAGCAUGUGAGGAAGAUUCUUUAGAACAAAAUUGGGUAUGAAUGGAGGAUUAUCCUUAUCUCUAUUGCUGGUGGAGAGGAGAGAGGAAGGCCAUCUGACUUGGCUUCUAUCCAGGCCAGACCAGCGGCACUGUCCCAAGCAGCCAGCCAGGGGAUCCUGGGCCCUCAGGCCUUCAGCUCUAUGAGGAGUGGAGCUGGAAGCCUGAGAACCCAGGGGUAGAGCUCUUAGAGGGUCCCCUCACCCCCUUCAUUUGCAUACCCAUCAGACCCCUUCCCAUUGUGAAGCUUGCCUGCUGGACCUUUAGGACAUGGAGACGUGAGGAACGACUGGCAUGCCUAUCCAUGUCACACAGCUGAUUCAAGAAAGAGCCAGAACCAAGUCCUCAACCAACUCUGCUCCACUUCCAAAUCUUAAGGCUCAUUUUCCAUAAUUCUUUUUGGUAGCCAAAAUGUGGCACAUUUUCAUCAGGAAGUUUUCUCUUUUAGUUGCCUAAGCACCUCUGUCUCCUCAGAGAGAGGCUGGUGUGGUGGCUUUGGCAAGGGCUGCCCUUGCUCAUGAACCAGGGCUCUUCUGGGUGGAACUGGACAAGAAGGGAGGCAGGGUAGGGGGAGGUGACUGUCCCACUGUCUUCUGAGGAAGCAUGGAUCUUUGCAGGCUCUUGCAGGGAAUGAAAGCUUUGGCUUUGGUCAGGCGUGAGGCAUGGGAAAAACACUUUAAUUUCCGUUGCUCUGUCUCAGCUGGUAAACCUACCCUGUUUGUCUCACAGUUUUAAGAAUUUACUGCUCUGAUGGAUCUGAGUUGCAAUUAGGGAAGGGCCUUGAAAUACUCUGUUGAUCUCUAAUCACUGGUCUGCAUGGUAUCUCUUGACCGGUAGAUAUGUCUGCCAGUGUGGGCACAAGACAAGAGGCUAUUCCAGCAUUGUAUCACCACCAUCCUCACAUGCUUUCUUGCCUUUACCCCAUGUUCCAAGUCCUUUGAAACUCAGUCAUAAAAGAAUGACCAACAGAGUUGGCCUGCAGCACUAGAAAUGUCUACGAAUGAGGGGCUUUCUUUCAUGCUCUUGAACAUUGACCCCACUGGACUUCAAUACCCAACACCACAUUGCCUCUUGCUGACUGAAUAAUGUGAGUUUUUGCCGAGCUGCUUGGCCUCGAUGUGCAACACUGAGGCCAGCCCAGCUUUCAUGAGGUUAGAGAAAGGACUGCGGCUUGGGGAAGUUGUGUGUAAUGGUCCGAGGACAGUAUUUCCAUUUGACUUCCUCUGCCUUCUCUAAAAAGCAACCACAGCAACAAGCAAACAAUCUGCCCACCCCUUACUUUGCUGGCUCUGCUCCUCUUUCAGGUGUGAUAUGAUUAUAGUCUCAGUCUCUAGGUGUGCGUGCGUGUGUGUGCUCUGCUCCUCUGUUUGCUAGGAAUGCUCAUUUCUCCCAGGUGUCAAUUCCUACUCUUUUUGUGGCUCCUAAUGUGAAAAGUGCUGUGAUGUAUCUGCCCUGUCUAAGGGAUGUGUCUAGAACUCUUGAUGUUUCAGUAUUGGAGAUGUGGCUGUGCCGCACCUCCCACCAUCCGAAAGGGACACGCUGGUGUAUUGUGAAUGUCUCCAGGAGAAUCUAUAGGUCGGAAAUAGCUCACGCCUGGAUGCCGGCUCACUGACCUAGGACUUGCCUGGAAGGAGAAGCAACUGCUCUUCAUUUAGAAGGCUGGCAGAAGGAUGCCCAUGAGCUGGACCCUCCUCCUUUCUGCCCUCUCUCCUGUCCUCACUGCAUUCUGGGAGAGGGGCCUUGGAGAAGUCAAGCUAAUGAGAUGCUGAUCACUGUGGGCAUCCAGAAAUUGUUAUUUUUGGAAACCCUGGAUAUUUUAGUCCCUUAGUGGGACCCUUGCACAUUCAUAAAGACUGAGUCACAAGCUCCCUGUCUCUUCCUUGCUGUGGUUAUUAUCUUGUUCUGUGAUUGGUUAGCAGUGUUAACUACCCAAGUAGCAAAUCUUUUGUCUGCAAUUUAGAGAAUGUGUAAACAAAUAAAAGGCUUUAAAACUCCUGGGAA